GCUGAUGGACGUGCGUUCGUGACCACGCUUUCAGUGCAGCAACCGCCAGACACUUGUUGUAUUGCACUUUAAUAGUAUUUAUUAGACGGUGCUUUGAGACACUUUUCUUUUUUGUCUAUUAGAAAAUGUAGUUUUAUAAACGGCUUAUCAAGUACAAUACAACACAAAUUAAAGUUAAAAUACAAAACUAGAAAAUAUGUGAUUGCAAAAUAAAGAAACGGAUAAUCUGCAGAAAUACUUCAACAGUAAUAGCCCAGAUAUUGGUACAGUAUCAACAGCUCUAUUCCAUUCUUAAAGCUGUAGCAUCAACUCAGCGACUCAAGAAAUACCAACAAAUUAAAUAAAUUAAUCAACAGCUAUUUCAGGAUUUGAAAGAGACUGUAAGAUAAUCAGUCGGAACCUGAAACCACCCAGCAAUAAGCGGCUAGCGACGCAAUGCAAUCAUCGACUGAUGCGGGCAAUAAUGGCACACGCAAAUACCCAGCACAGCAGCAGCAUAACCAGACACAAUCAACAACAGGAGCAGGGGCGGGAGCACGAGAAGGAGCAGGAGCAACAGCAUCAGCAGCGGAAGGAGAUGGCACCAAUCAAACGACAUCCUUUACCAUAAAUGACAACAGUCAGCCAGCCAGUCAGGCGAGCAAAAAUCCCUUCAAGCAACAGUUGGACAGUUAUCAACAGAAUGGCAACAUGGACACAGAGUGCGGCAUUAUGGGCACUGGUGGAGCAGCUGCUAAGGAGGCCCAGGAACAAUCUUAUGGAACACGCAAACUAGCAGGUGGUCAGUCUCCGCCACCGCCGGACCAAUAUAGACAGGAAGAUCCACGUGCAGCUGGUACUUGGUCUGCUGCCAAGUCAUGGAUGGUCAGCUGGCGUGGCUCCAACCGCCUCGUCCUGGUCAUCGUUGCUAUAGCUCUGCUGCUGGAUAACAUGCUACUCACAACUGUAGUGCCCAUCAUACCUGAGUUCUUAUACGACAUACGGCAUCCGGAUGCACCGCUUGACAGCUACCCGCGCACCCCUCUCACUCUGAACACUCCUCCUCCACCCACGUCCUGUCCAUGUAAGGAUGGUGCAAAUGACGAGGCGACCCCGAUAGAGAUCGUCACGCCAAGCGCUGAAGGUAAAUACAAUAUAACUGGAAGAUUCAUUCGGAUGCUAAAGUGUCUAUGCCACUCCACAGACAAUGAAACAUAUUAUCGUGAGCUGGAGGAACGGCAUAAUGAAUUGGUCGGCGAAACAGUUGAAGUAGGACUUCUCUUUGCCUCGAAAGCUAUUGUACAAUUGCUGGUGAAUCCGAUUGUAGGGCCACUGACACAUCGGAUCGGCUAUAGCAUACCAAUGUUUGCCGGCUUCGUAAUAAUGUUCCUCUCCACAUUGAGUAAGUAUGAAUUUGAGAUCUUAUGCUGUAUAUCUGCAAGUUUUUUCUUUCCAGUCUUUGCCUUUGGACGAUCUUACUUGGUUCUAUUUAUCGCUCGAGCACUUCAGGGCAUUGGUUCAUCAUGCUCCUCCGUCUCUGGCAUGGGAAUGCUGGCAGAUCGCUUCACCGACGACAAAGAACGUGGCAAUGCCAUGGGCAUUGCUCUCGGUGGACUCGCUCUUGGCGUCCUCAUUGGACCGCCCUUUGGUGGUGUUAUGUACGAGUUUGUGGGCAAGUCGGCACCAUUUCUAGUGCUGGCUGCGUUGGCCCUGGGUGAUGGAUUACUGCAGCUAUUCAUGUUGCAGCCGUCCAUACAGAAAGCCGAGUCAGAGGAGCCACCAUCACUGAAGAGUCUUAUUAGCGACCCAUACAUUUUGAUAGCUGCUGGGGCAAUAACUUUUGCUAACAUGGGCAUUGCCAUGCUCGAACCAUCUUUACCAUUAUGGAUGGUUGAUAAUAUGGGGGCUACACGCUGGGAGCAAGGCGUGGCUUUUUUGCCUGCUUCUAUUAGCUAUUUGAUUGGUACAAAUCUCUUUGGGCCACUUGGACAUAAGAUUGGCAGAUGGUUUGCCGCCUGUCUGGGACUGGUAAUCAUCGGCGCCUGUUUAAUAUUUGUAUGUACCUUGUGUAGAUUCCUAGCCUCAUUUUUUAAGUACGUUCCUUUGCAGAUACCCAUGGCUACCUCCAUUACACAUCUGAUUAUUCCCAAUGCCGGCCUUGGCUUUGCUAUCGGUAUGGUUGACUCUUCGAUGAUGCCCGAACUGGGCUAUCUGGUGGAUAUACGGCACUCGGCUGUAUACGGCAGCGUCUAUGCCCUGGGCGAUGUCGCCUUUUGUGUUGGCUUUGCUGUGGGUCCGGCUCUAUCGGGCUCCCUUGUAAAGAGUAUCGGCUUUGAGUGGAUGUUAUUUGGCAUCGCAAUACUCUGUUUCUUGUAUGCACCGCUAUUGACGCUCCUCAAGAACCCGCCAACUAGCGACGAAAAGAAGGUGCGUAUGGCUAGGGAAGCUGCGGCAGCUGCAGCAGAAGCUGCUGUUGAUAAUUCAAAAGCUCACACAAUUGCAUCUUGUCCAUCCACCGACCCUUCGAUCGAUGCGGACGGAAAAACGAAUGAGGCGUUUGAAAGUGAACGAUUAUGAUUAUUUGAUUUCAAGCAUUAUUAUUUAGUUUAAUAAGACUCUAUAUUAGCUGACAUGAUUAGCUGACAUUUGUAAAGCUUCACA